AUGAUAGUUGGACUCAAUGUGGCAAUCAGUGAUUUGGGUAGCGAAGUCCUUUCUACUGUUUCCAGUUUGAAGGCUAAUGCUACUAUCAGGCGUUGCGUUUUGCUGUUCGCCACAGUUCUUGUUACUCCUUUUUGCUUUUUUCGGCGCGUGGAUUUUCUUAGUGCUACCAGCUCGGUAGCAGUCAUUAUUUACAGUAUCUUUCUUUUAGAUCUGAUGUUAGCCUAUGCAGUUCCGAAAGUCUUGUCCAAGCACUUCUCCUUGGAGUAUUUCCGUUUUUGGCGACCGGAAGGCUUGGUGCGUUGUGUGCCCAUUAUCGCGAGCUCUCUCUGUUGCCAGGUUCAAGUGAGUACAAUCUACACGAGUUUAAAGAAUCCCCCUCUUGUCAUCAUGAAAAAAGUCCUAAUCCACGCCCUCUCCUUCAUUUUCAUCUACUACUCUGUGGCUGGUCUGAUGGGCUACAUAGCAUUUUACCAUGGUUUGAACGAGACAUUACCCGGUGACAUGCUGGCCAGUUACCCCGAGGACCACCGAGCAGUUCACAUCCGUUUGGGCUUUCUCUACACAGUCGCUGCUUCUCUUCCCCUUCUCCUCUUUCCUUUGCGCACUGCCUUGCACAGUCUGCUAUUCGAGGAGGCUGUGGUUGAAGAAGGACCUCUCCAUGCGGACGCCUCCCCGACUAUUCCAAACAUGCGAUUUUGCUGGCUAACUGGCGGUGUCAUAUUCCUGUCAGUCGUUGCCAGUCAAACUACUGACAAGGUGGAGGUGAUACUGACCUACACGGGCGGAUUUGCGGGUGGAGCAAGCUGUUACCUCCUCCCAGCCCUCAUCGGGGCGCGUGCGGUUGGCGGAGGUUCAGACGGUCGGCGAAGACAGCUGGCAAGGAAGCUGAUCAUUCAUCUCCUCUAUUUUCUCGGUGCUAUGGUCCUCCUAAGCCCCGCUCUCACUUUUCUCGGCGUGGACACUUGA